AUGGCCAACGCUACGCCACGUAAUGAGGAAAAGCACUCUCACCAUGAUACGUCGAACAUGCUGGCUGCCUCUUCUCACGAUGCAAACUCAACGGACACCAUCACUUCGGCUCAGAGCACGAACAAGGUAACAAGCACAAACGAAAAGACUAGUGUCAACGACGUAACAAGCACGACCGACGUAACACGCACAAACGAAAAGACUAGUGUCAACGACGUAACAAGCACAACCGAAAAGACUAGCGUCAACGACACCGCCGCAUCCUCGUCAGACUCCUACAACAAGGGCCCUGAUGUCGAGACUGCCGAGGUCGGCGACGACCUCGAAGACGGCAUCGACUGGCGUCCCGGCUUCCGGCAACAGUUCCCCUGGAUCGGCUUCACGGGGCUGGUGAUCAUCCUGUUCGCAACCUCCAUGGGCGUCGCCGUGCUGGGCCAAUCCAACAGCAAACGCGUCAAAGACUGGCCCUUCACGCGGUUCCCCAUCCAGCCCAACGUGCUGAUCAACAUCGCAAACCAGUUUCAAAAUCUCGGCUUGAUCACAUUCAUCAGCCAGGGCCUCGCCAUCGCGUGGUGGCGCAAGGCCAUGCAGGGCAGCUCGCUCAGCACGCUGCACAGAAACCACGCGUACUCGUACAGCUUCUACUCGAUCGUGACCUCGGGGAAGCACUUCAACAUUGUCGCGCUGGCGGCGCUGAUGACAAAAUUCGCCGUCAUCGACUCGACCCUGUUUCAGAAAGCGACCAAGACCGUCGUCACGCAGCAGGUCAACUACAAGAACGAGUCCGUCACCGCGUGGGUCGAGACCCACUGGCCUGCGAAGAGCGGCGGCGUGCCGGGCGAAAAUGGGGCAAUCAAGACGGUCGAUACCGCGUGGGCUGGCGUGAUCAAUGCGUACAAUGGCAAGAUUGCGAAUGGCAAAGUGCACGACAUGCUGGGGAGCAAUGCAAGUUUCUUCGACUGCCCUUACAGGCAGGAGUGCACCGGCGCUAUCAAAGCGCUGGGGUUCGCGUUCAACUGCAGCACCACGAUCGAGGAUGUUGAUUACGGACUACAACACCAGACGCAGCUUGGCGGCGUCUCGUCGUCGUCGUACCCGCUGUGGGACAUUGCGUUUUCGUCGUCUUGGGCGAGCGACACCAAGCCGUAUGCGAGCGUCCAUCUGGAUAUGCUGUACGUCGACAGCCACGCCGGAUCUACCGAGAACUCGUGUCCCGGAACCCUCACACGGCGGACGUGUGAGAUUCGUCCCGCUUUGGUCGAGUAUCCUGUCACCGUCAUGGUGCCGUCGAAGGAAGAACUCGAGGGCAAGAACAUCGUCACCCACAUCAAAUUCUACUCGGACAACACGUCGCACCCGCUCGGCACGCCCGUCACGGAGCCGCAGAUCGACCAGCUGCGGUUCCUGGAGUACGUCGACCUGAACGAGCGCUUCAACGAGACAUCCACCAUCGGCGCGCUCACCUACGUGCUCAACAAUCUGUACGCAUCGUCUGCAAACCUCACCUACCGCGACGACUGGGACAUCAUGCUGCGUGGCGGCCAAGCCCAAACCACCUUCUUCGCCGACACCGACACGGAGACGUUCAGCAGAUGCUACUACGACAUCGACCGGCCCGGCCUCGACGACCCGGCCAUCGAGCUCCUCCGCAAAGUAAACACGCUCUCCUUCGUCGCCUCGCUCUACCUCAAAGGCCAGCCCAGCACCGCUGUCGAGUCCCGGCGCGCACAGAACAUGAGCUCGCAAACCGUACUCACCACCGUAACCGGCAUCGUCGAGGAAUACACAACCGAUUUCCACUACGUCGCCGGCGCCCUCGUCGCCACCUUGGCCACAAUCCUGCUCGUCCUCCCCGUCUACUGGGGAUUCUGGCAGCUCGGCCGCAAAGUCACCCUCGGCCCGCUCGAGAUCGCAAACGCCUUCAACGCCCCCGCCAUCCGGCCCGCCACUGUGCGCGCGCAGCACGGCGACUUCGACGAGGUGCUGAAUGAGGUCGGGAGCAGGCGCGUCCAGUACGGACAGCUCAGGGAUGCGCCACCGGGCCUGAUGGGCAUCGCGGAGCCCGAGUGCGUGGUGAGGCCCGAGAACAGGGUUUCUAGGCGCUUGACGCGCGCCCAGCAGGGCGCAGUUGGGGUUGGGGUUGGGGCGGCGAUCGGGGGGGUUGCCGCGGCGACGCUGGGCGGGCGGUAG